AUGGCCGACGAAGAACUCCUGAAGAACGUCAACGACUCCACGAUCAACGCCACGCGUCACCAGCACGACACUCUCAGCUCCAUCCUCCACCAAAACGGCGCCGUCCGCUACCUCCACCCUCACCUCCCACUCCCCGAUUCCCGGCUCGACGCCGCCGCCUUCCGCGGCGCCGUACCUCUAUCAACCUACGACGACUACGCCGAUUACAUCACUCGAAUGGCCGAGACCUCACUCGAUCACCAACAGCCUCUCCUCUCCGUCGAUCCCCUCCUCUGCUUCUUCUACAGCUCCGGGACGAGCUCACCGAGACCGAAGCUGAUUCCUUACUUCGAUUCCAAGCUAUCGAAAGCGGCUUCGUUAAUAGCUCACCAAGGCAGUUAUGCGAUUCUCAGGAGGUUGUUUCCUCCAAGGGACUCAGUGAAUAAGAUGAUGUGGUUUAUAUAUGGUGAUAAUGUAACAACUACUAGAGGUGGUGUUAAGGUCAUGGCUGCUUCUUCAUACCCUUUGCAGAGUCGUGGUGCCAAUUGGUCUCAGUUGAGAUUUAUAGUCAGUCCAAAGGAAGUCAUUCUUGGGUCUAAUGUUGAGCACCAAACGUAUUGCCACCUGCUUUGUGGGCUUAGGAACCGUGAUUUACUUGAUGCGAUUCGUGCCCCUUACGCUGUGGGAUUGAUCAGAGCGUUUAGGAUUUUAGAGUCAAAGUGGGAGCAGCUGUGUCGUGAUCUUGAAGAGGGGUUUCCGAGUUUGGAGAUUUCUGAUGGUGAGAUGAGGAACUCUGUUGUUGAGGUUCUUGGGGGGCCUCAACCAGAAUUGGCAGAGAGAGUUAGAGUUGUUUUUGAAGAACAGAAUUGGGGUGGGAUUGUGAGCAAGUUAUGGCCAAAUGUUCGGUAUGUUAGGUGUGUCACGACUGGAAGUAUGGAGCAGUAUUAUCCAAAACUUAAGUAUUAUGCUGGAGAGAUACCUUUGUUGGGUGGGGACUACUUUGCUUCCGAAUGCUGUGUGGGGAUUAACUUGGAUAUCAUGGAACCUCCCGAUAAAACGCGAUUCGUUUUGCUUCCAACUGCAGCCUAUUUUGAGUUUCUUCCAUUUGAUAUGAAUGAGGCUGAGGUUUCUACAGGUAGAGAAACUGUUGAUAUUGCUGGUGUUGAAGUGGGGAAGAUGUAUGAAGUGGUUGUCACUACUUACAGAGGAUUUUACAGAUACCUUUUGGGUGAUGUAGUGAGGGUUGUUGGUUUCUAUAAUUUAUCUCCACUAGUGGAAUUUGUAAUGAGAGCACCGAAAGGUCCUGGUGAGAUUAUAACUGAGAGGGACUUGAUGGCUGCAAUGCGAAGUGUCCAGCUUGUGUUUGAAGAUGUGAUGGCAACACAGAUUACAGAAUUUGCGAGUUUCUUGGACAUGGAGUUGACCCCUAAACAGUUGAAGGUGUUUAUAGAAGCUAGAGAGGGAAGCAGGCUUAUGCAGGAAGAGUCAGUUGUAGCUCUGAGGAGGUGUUGUUCCUCCCUUGAGGAUGGUUUGGGAGGCAUUUACAAGGUCCAGAGAGAUAGAGGUGAAGCAGGUCCUAUAAUGUUAUCUGUUGUAAAACCUGGUAGCUUUGAUAGACUGUCACAAGUGGCCAUUGCAAACGGAGCCUCUGCGAGUCAGUAUAAGCCACCCAAGAUCAUAAGAAAUCGUGAGAUUGUUCAUUUCCUUGAAGGAUCUACUCUUGUAACCAUAUCUUGAAAGCUUUCGGCAUGAUGAUACAUGGGUUCCAAAGCAGCAGGGGCAGGGAGCCAAGAAGAAGUGAGCUUAAGAUCCAUGUGAGGAAUGGCAUGAGAGUGGCUGUCAAGGACAUAGGGACAGUCAAGUUAGAAGUUAGGCCUGGUUUUUUUGUAGUCUUGAAUAAUGUUUAUUAUAUUCCUUCGAUGAGAAGGAAUUUGG